ACGUAGUUUUCCUCGCCAUAAUAGAAACGAUCCGAGAUUUUCCAACAAGUUUAUCCCACGUGAAAAGAUCGCGUGCACUCUUUUUCCGUAAAUCGUGUUCAGUUUGCUGUGAAAGGCAGAAAUCUAGACUACUAGUUAACUGAGGAUGACCUGAUUGGAAGCAUCAUGCAACUGUGAUGGAUCAUUUUAUUCUCUAUAAUCUCCCUCAUCUUUAUCUUUGAACUUUGAUGGUCCAAGGAUGCAACAGGAUAAAAUCGUCCACACUUGUCAAGUUUCGAAAGUUUGUCAAUCGAUUUUGUAAUUAGACAAGGAGCAGUGAUCAGAGUACAUUGACAUUUAACGAUUCCAAUGGACCAACAUCUUGCCAUAAGGAUGAACUUUUAGCAAAUAUCCAUGUAUCGUCGAGAUUCGACGUCUCGUUCGUCCUACUUGAAAACUUUCACUUACGUUGGCGUAAGAGAUCCAAACAACGACCGAGAGAUUCGAAUACGAUGAGCAAAGAAUCGAAUGGUCAGUGAUUUCUAACCGCGUAAAGUUUUUCGUGAAAAGAUUAUUUAUGUCACGUGGUCAACAAAUUUCAUAUUUUCUGAUUUUUAUCGAAAGAAUAAGAUCAAACAAUGUGAUUUCAUAGAAUUCACAAAUAUGAGAAAAACUGUGCAAUAUUGUUCGAAGUUAAUUGUCUGUACUGAAGACGAGCGACAAUAGAUAAAGAUAGAUUUAUCGUGGCGUUUAGCAAUAAUUGCAACAGUAGUUGCAAUCUGAAACAUUUAAGAGUGGAUUGCACGAAUCUUAGACGCUUGGUUCUCAUGAAAGUCCAGGGAUACAGAGUAGCAGAUGAUACAAUUCUCUGUCUAAGGCCAUACAGUUUGUGAGUAUACAGUUCCCGGAGAGUAGUGUGCUCAUGAGCAAUAACGUAACUGUUGAAGAGUGAAAGUGCGGUAAAGUGGGACAUGGCGAGAAUAGCAUCCGAUCUUUUAAUUAAUAAAUAAAGCAAACAAACGGUCCUCAUUUCCUUUGCCUUUUGUAUUAAAGCGGCGGAAGAUGGUCCGUCGUUUCGUAAGACCUUGAUAAAUUUGAAUAUUAACAAAUGAAUUUUUGGAAUGACAAUUUUAUGGUAAAAUUAGAACCACGUGGAGCGAUCAGUUAAAUUUACGCGGCUAUUUCACUGCAACAAUGGCCGCACCUACAGACAUUCGGUGCAUAUGUAAAGUUUGUACCAGAAUUCGUGUCACGAUUGACCAAAUAUUUAGCGUUCUAGAUGUAUACGGCUGGCUAUUGAACUCUUAUGUUGUGGACUUCUUUCAAGACAAGUUAUGGGAUAAAUUACCGGAAAGUUGGAGAUUUGCAUUACAAGAUACACCUCCUCAAGAAUUUGGUAAAUGGUUAUCAGGAGACAUCUCGUGCACACGUGUAUGGCCAUUAACAUUGCUUGCACUUCGUCAAGUUGCUAAUAUUUUACAAGUAAAUAGAAAUCACGAAGACUCAAACAGUAUACUAAUUUGUGAAUUCAAUAAAACAAAAAUAAACAAUAAUAAUAAUGAAACUUUGAGAACUAGUAGAAAUUACAUUUUCGACAAGUCACAUUACCAAAAUCAUAAAUUUAAUAAUUUGUUUUCAAAGCAUAUAAAGAAAAAAAAGAGAUAUGAAAUACACGAAAUAGCUCAAGUAUGCGCAGGCUGUGCCCACGAAGCUAGUUGUAAAUGUAUUGUUGAUAUUGGAUCUGGAAUGGGUCAUUUAGCUAGAAUCUUAGCAUUUCAAUAUGGAUUAAAUGUUACUUGCAUCGAACAGGAUUGUACAUUAUUGCAACAAGCUAGAAAAUGGGAUCAAGAAUUAUUGAUGUCUAUAAGAAAGCACAUACCCAAUUACCACCAAAAGUGCCCUCAACAUUUUACAGCUAAAUUAGAAUCUUCAAGUUUAGUCGAAUCAGAAUUAACUAGUCAAUUAACAGAAUUAUUUCAGAAUGAGUUUGAUUUAAGUGAGACAGAAACUGAAUUUGGUCUUAUAGGACUUCAUCCUUGUGGAGAUUUAGCUCCUAUAUUACUCAAGCUUUACUCAUCUAGAUGUGAAGCCAAAUUUAUCUGUAUUGUAGGAUGUUGUUAUAUGAAACUAACAAUACAAUCAGAUAUAAGUGGAUCGAAGGGUUAUCCACUUAGCAAGUACCUGCUAGCAUGUAAAAAUCACUCGUUAACAUAUACAGCAUUAGAAGUAGCUUGUCAUGCUAUUGAAAAAUAUUGUGACAAAUUAAAGAACGGAAAUUAUGAAGAUUUAAUAGUACACACAUACAGAGCAGCUUUAGAAACAGUUUUAGUCAAGAAAAAUGAAAAGUUACGUCACAGUCAAUUUAGAAAUGUCAAAGUAACAAAAGGGAUGACGUUUGAACAGUAUUGCCAUGCGGCUACUGCAAAUUUUGACGCUUAUUUGCAGCCGCAAGAAUCUGAUAUUAAUAAUUUAGAAAUAAUUAACUUAUUAAACCGAUGGGAACAAGUCAUAGUAUUUGGAUCGCUUCGAAUGAUGUUGGCACCAUUAGUGGAAACCAUUGUGCUUUAUGACAGAUUCUUAUUUCUGUCUGAAAGAAAUUUGACACCAACGCUAAAACCAGUGUUCGAUAGCAGACUGUCACCACGAAAUUUAGUGUUAAUGUCUAGGAAAAAUAACUAAUCCGUUUACAGUUUUGAA